ACACGAGUAUUACUAGUAACAGAUUUUCUCUUCAAUGUUAUUGGUUGAAACCAUCAAAACAACGAAAAUCUCCCAUGCAUGACAACUUUUCAAAGUAUUAUAAAACUCAAGAUAAAUUUAUAUUCCCAAACCUGUUAUUAUUUUAAACAAGGCAGUCGGUCUAAAGGCAGUCUUAUCGCCAUGCCCAUCCAUGUUCAGCGUAGACAUAAUUUCGUUUGUCAUUAGUCUAAAAAAUGAGAAACAAUUUAUAAUCAAUAACACAUACAGAGAAACGUUGUAAAUAUAUUGAGGAUAUACACGGUGGUGCAAACAUAUGAAGUUUUCCUUCGAGUGGUGAAAACAAUAGUUUACGAAUGAGCGCAGCGAAGUACAGCUUAUACAGGCAUAGCUUAUAUAUAGUACGAUCUGCAGACAUGCGUGUUUCAGCGUCCAACGCCUCGUCACUGCAGCUUGGUAUAUGUAGUACCCUCGUAUAUAUGUAUACGUAAACUUGCCCUCACCAAACGAACGCGGUACAACACGGAAACACUAAGACCCCGUUCACACGAGACCGGACGAAUUCCGGACCGUGCUCAAAUUCGUCCGGUUCCACUUGUUCACACGGGAAAACGGUGCUCGAAUUUGUUCGUUUUCUCGUGUGAACAAGUGGAACCGGACGAAUUUAAGCACGGUCCGGAAUUCGUCCGGUCUCGUGUGAACGGGGUCUAACAUAUCUAGACAUGCGCAGAGUGUUAUGGGGUCAGAAUGCUCAAACAACCCCCCAAUGGUUGUGGGCUUUGCAUUAUCGCUAAUAGACGCCCAUUAACUCCAAAGAGUGCUCAACAACACCGAAGGGGAAAAGCGUAUAUAUACUGUAUAAGAAAAAGCUAAUAUAAAACUAUACCUGCUCAUAACGUUGCGAACGUUGGCUUUAACCGUCGAACCACCUAUUUUGGUAAUUCUGGACACCUAUAAUAAGACCAAAACAUAAAAUUAAUCAUUUAAGACAUUCAACAACCGUAUGUAAACAUGUAUAUACGUAUUAUAGUUUCAUCUUCUUCUCAUUAUUAUUACCACCAUGUUCUUUUUCUCCACAUCACGAAGAUGCUCUUCCAUCUUGCAAAAUUCUUCCUUAGUUUUUAAUUGCUCCAAAUGAAAUGCGGAAUCUGCUGGUUCAAAUGUUUUUCCAACUUGCUGCAAGCUGUCUCGGAUUUCGGUUAGGAGAUGAAGAACCCUUUUUUGAAAACCUGUGAUAAAAUGGAAGUAAUCAAAUUCCGUAGUUGACAAGUGUUAAAACUAUUUAAGUAUUUUCUCUAUUAAUACUUUCAUGAGAAUAUUUCUAAUUAUAAUAACGGAUAGUAAACAUUAUUAAACAUAUGGACAUUAUUGAACUAAAUAAUACCAAACAACAAGAGUGUGAACUGGACUCGAAGUCCCAUGUGAGACAUGCACUAUACCUUUAAAACUACAAACAUACAGUACUAUAUAAACAGAAAGUAAACAUGUCAAUUGCUUGAAAUUCACACUGGACUAUAGGAUUUCGAGUCCAGUUCGCACUCUUGCUGUUUUAUUAUUCAAUGUUUACAAUAAUUUGAUUUGAAACUUUGAAACAAUAAUUUGAAACCCUAAUAAAUAAUUAAGCAAUUACUUGGUUAAGAAGUUGUUAAAUGAUAUAGUAGCUAUUAUGAAAAAAUUAAAAAAACAAACUAAAAAGCUACAAGAGCGAGGUUUAACUUAAUUGCUUUAUAUUUUGUCGUUCAGUUUAAUAAUCUGAUUAAUAUAUUAUUUAUUACUUCAGGAUCGUACAAUUAAACCUCACACGGUUAAUAUGUAUAGUCAGUGCAUGCUCAAUGGGCAGAAAAGUAAACAUCUGAAGAAGGGAGUGGGCUAGGAGGAGCACUUUCAACCUCACUUUGACUUGAAUCAGAAGAAUCAAUAACUAAAUCUAGUCCGUCAGAGUCAAUAUCAGAUUGACCACUAAUAUCAGAGUGACCACUAAUACCAGAUUGAUCACUAAUGGUGGAAUUCUGGGAUUCAAACAAAUUACUUUGGACAGGAUGCAAAGAAACGCUUUCUUCGUCACUGUCAUUUCCUAAAGCCAAUGCAUGUACUUCAGAAGAAAACUUUCUGUAGUUUCUCCAUUAUGCCAUGGAUUUUGUGCUAAAAAUUAAAAUGUAUUUUGUCUAACAGUAAGCAUAGAUAAUUCAGAACCAGCAACUGGGACAUAUACAUGCAUUUUAAACAAGAAUAGAAAUAACAAUGCAAAUAUCAACCAUUGAUCAAUACUAAAGUUCCGAAAUUAGUUCCGAGACCUCUGAAAUUAAUAUAUUUAAAGUCAAGUUUAGGCUGUGUAUUUAUCACUAUUUGACUUUUCCAUAUAAAUUCAAAGUAAAAUACUAGCAGAUAGUUUUGCUAACUCAUUUACUGGCAGUAGUGCCAAUUGCAAUUGAGCGUUCAACAUUGUUUGAUUGUUUCAUCUUUCUUGAUUUGCACACACACACACAAUUAUUAUAAAUCCUUUAUCACAAAGUGAGAUAUUACUAGUACCAAUACUCAAUUAAUGUAAUUUCUCAUAAAAGAAGGGAGAGGGGGCUUUACAGCCUAUAUACAUGUUCACAUGAAAUGUGUUCUGCAGAAAAAGCCUCAUGCCUACCUGGCGUGCAAACACCAAGUUUUUUUUAAUUCAAGCUUAUAUUGAUAUUUAUAAGUGGAAAAACGUAGUGAAAAAUCAUAAUUAGUGCAAACAUUUAGCAUAUAAAAGUCACAAUUCAAGAAAAAUUGUGGCUGCAGACGACUACCAAGAUCAAAAACAAGUUUGCCUACUAGUCACUAAAAGUCAAGUAUUAUCGCCAGACUGUACACGCUGAGGUGGCUCCGUUAAAUUCAAAACGACUGACUUAUAUUAUAUACAGGUAUAUCGCCAUUUUAAAAUCUCCAGAUUUAGCAUUUUAAAAGUUGGCAGGUCUGAUAUAUAAUAUAUCAGCCUAGUCCCAGGCUCUCUCUCUCUAUUCGCUGCUUCGAUAUAUUUAAAUAAGUCUUAAAAGUUUUAUGCCUGGGUGUGCUGUGCGGAACGCUUCAGCGAGAGAGCCUAGCAGAUUUCGGUAAAAUGGUCCCUGAUUUCAAAAAAGUGGUCCCUGGCCUGGUUACCAAGCAUACCUCAUUUGUAAAUGGAAAAUGCUAUGGAAAUUUCCUUUGCAUUUAUAAUUAAAUAAUUAGUUUUGCUCUAAUGCUGUCGGAACAAUGAAAUAGGCUACGUUUCGCUGCCAUACGGUCAGAAUGGAAUAACAGGCUAAAUAUGACUCGUGUUUACUAAAAUAUAUAGCCAUAUUAAAUGCUAUCUAGAAGCUUGAAAAUUAUGCCGAGUCUCCGACUAAAAAUGUUUUGACAACACCGUCAUGUCAGGCAAAUAUUUCCAAUAACCUCAGCAAUUUAAACCUGUCAAGUAGAAAGCGUAGUUGUGUAUACCAGUAUGGUCUAGUGUUGAUCACAACUUGCGAGCAUAUAAAUAACAUCAACGAUUGCUCAAACUCGGUAUCGUAAAUUUGUAUAUAAAUUUUUUUAGUUGAGCACAUUUUUAAUAUGGUUUGAUUUGGUUAUGUAGACAUCGAACAUGCACAUGAUAAACGAACAUUGUCGUAUUUAUAAUUAAAAGGUUACUUGUAUAUAUAAAUUUUCCGCCAUAUUAAAAAUACUGAAAUCUGCUAGGCGUUCUGAAGCACCUUGAGCGGUGACGUCACACCUAGAUCCCAGUCUCGUACUACAUCCACUUUUUUCUCGCGCUUGCUUCAGAACGACUGGGACUAGGCUGAUAAUAUAUCACUGCUUUACUGCCACCUAUGAUUAGGCCAUUUCAAUUAUUACCCGCACCCCCUCAACGGAUGAGCUGACUGAUUCCUACUCAAUACUGGUCCUAAAUUAAUUGGCAGUAUAGUACAGUAUAGACUUUAUUUCACGAGGGUAACACUUGACAGUAUAAGUAAAAAAAACUACUGAUAAAUUUGUGGCCCUCAAAAUUGAGUUGAAAAUAAUCAUGAAUUGAAAGCGUGAAACGCUGAUUCCCAAGGGUAGCAUUUUACAAAUUAUCAUUAUAUAUAUGAGUUUCUAUUAAAUUCUAUAAUGACUAUAAAUGGUCAUUUAGGUGCCAGUUUCCCCAAAGCGCAUCCAUGAAAUGAGGGGAAGCGACUACAUCAACAUUUUAUACAGAUAUAAAUUAGUAUAAAUAUACAGCCAAUUUGGCUAUUAAAAGCAUUGAUAAAACGUUUGUUUCCUCUAUAAUGACCGUAUAUUAUUCGCUAAUAUUUAUAGCACACAGAGGAGCAGAUAUUAAAUAACAUAUUUGAGCGCACUUAGCAAAGCAAACAAUAAAACAUGUGUUUGUAUAUGUCAUGGCCAAGCUGGAAAAUUGUUCACUAAAAUUUGCUUAGCUUUAGCUUUCCCCAGUAAAACAGCAGGAGCACAGUAAAAACAGCGAGGCCUAUUAUUUAAUAAUAAUCGGUCGAAUAUACCAAAUUGACAAAAAAAUAUCUAAGUUACAUUCACAAAUAAUUUGGAACGCGCGGCAGCAAUUAAUAUGAGUAAACACAAUAAAAUUUUAUAAAUAAAACUUACCGUUUGAUAGCGUAAACGUUGUCUUUUCUUUUCACCUCUCUUCACUUUAAAAUGAGAUACACAAUAUCUCCACAAAUCACUUUUAAAAAUACUUUUAAAAUGCUUUGAUUGCUUUGAAAUUUGAAUAGAUUUGCGAAUUGCGAUUGCUCCUACUUUCACAGCGUAAUACACAUGACAUAUUAAUAUGAUACAUCAUGCUAAUCAUGGUAGCUAUGAGACGCGAGCUUCCGGUUUAUAUUCUGACUUACUAUUGGUCCACAAAGGAGCGAACUUCUGCGUAGACAACAGCAGUAGACGGCUCUCAUUGGUUAAGCGUGAUCCAUGACGAAGCUCCAGUAUAAUCUGAUUUGUGGACCCAAUUUGAGCAAGUAACAGAGGCCCCGCGCUUUUUUAAUAUGAGGGGCCUUGCAAAUUUUUGGGGGCUUUUUUUCACGCGGUGUCACUUUGUCAUGUUUACGUAAAUUUUUAAAUAAAUUCAUGUUUACGUAAAUUUUUAAAAUACGUAAUUUUUCGCAAAUUUGCAAGCCCCGCUCUGGCCUACGCGUUUAUUCCUCACUAACUUCUUGACAAAGGGCCUUCGCUCGAAACGUCGAAGAAUUUAUUUACUAUCCUGCCCCCCCCCCUUAGCCUGCAUCGCAGACUAUUUAUAUUGGGUUCAUAUAUAGUCUGCUAAUCAGCGACAGAAAGCUUGUAUGGUCACGUGGAUUUCCCGAGAAAUCGUGGGACGCAUUCUGAUUGGUCGGCUUAUAAUUAUGCCAAAUUAAUUAAAAUUUCAGAAUAUUUGAUUUUCCACUUGAAAAAAACAGCAUACAAUACGGAUUGCCUCUGAAAAAUGCUCUCCUUCAAGCAAGGAUGGUUCAAUGAACGACGCCAUGUUGUUUGUAAAACUUUUGAAAUAUGAUCAAAUAUUCUGAAAUUUUAAUUAAUUUGGCAUAAUUAUAAGCCGACCAAUCAGAAUGCGUCCCACGAUUUCUCGGGAAAUCCACGUGACCAUACAAGCUUUCUGUCGCUGAUUAGCAGACUAUAUAUGAACCCAAUAUAAAUAGUCUGCGAUGCAGGCUAGCCCCCCCCUCAGAAGAUUAGAAUUGGCCGCCCAUAUCAUUAUAAACAAGUAUAAAACUGCCAGAAUAUUUUUGUUUAAUUAAACUUGUAGAAACAUGAGUGUCGCUGGACGACUUUCUGAAAGGUUUGAAAGUUGCUAUACAAUAGAUAACAAUUAAGUGUUUUGAGUAGUUUUGACAUCGAUCGUAGUACAGAGGUUGGGUGGGACAGUCCACGCACUGGCCACGCGAUCAUGCCGCAGACUACUGUACAUAGGGAGCCUCCUUAAUACUGAUACUAGUAAUCAAAAUGACGGUACGUACGAUAGCACGUCGUAAAACAUGACGUCGAAACGACGUUGAUUCUUCGACGUCGAUGACACGUCGUAAAAUAUAACGUCGAAACGACGUUGAUUCUUCGACGUCGAUGACACGUCGUAAAAUAUUACGUCGAAACGACGUUGCUUCUUCGACGUCGAUGACACGUCGUAAAAUAUGACGUCGAAACGACGUUGCUUCUUCGACGUCGAUGACACGUCGUAAAAUAUGACGUCGAAACGACGUUGAUUUUUCGACGUCGAUGACACGUCGUAAAAUAUGACGUCGAAACAACGUGGUUAUUUUCGACGUUGUUAACACAUCAUCGAAACGACGUCGAAAUGACGUUGUUUUUCCAACGUUGUCAACACGUCGUCAAAAUGACGUCGAAACGACGUUGAUAUUUGGUCGAUCGACGUACCGACCAUAUUUCAACCAAAUUUCGACGUCGAAACGACGUCGUGAGCCCACUGGGUAAUGACGCAAUUAAAACAGAAACAUCCUGAGCCACAACCAGCAAAACUCGGAUCGGUAUUAUUUGGCCCGCUCAACGACGAGAUACCGGAAUCUGUUUACUCACAGAUCAAUGGAGAGAUGUUUAGACAAGCCGCUUUGAGAACAAAGAGAUCCGGAGGCCCGUCUGGUGUCGAUGCUAACGGCCUUAGAAGAAUGUUGGCAUGUAAAUCCUUUAAACAAUCAUCUACAGGACUGUGCUAAGCUAUAGCCAGAAUGACCAAGACUUUGUGCACACAAUAUAUCGAUCCUACCACUAUUGAAGCAUUGAUUGCUAGUCGUUUAAUUCCCCUAGACAAAGGCGAAGGUGCGGUAAGACCUAUCGGAGUAGGAGAGGUAAUAAGGAGGAUAAGUGCAAAAUGUGUUAUGAGCUUUGCAAAGAAGGAUGUAGUGGAAGCAAGUGGAUCGUUACAAUUAUGCGCUGGGCAAAAGUCUGGAAGUGAGGCUGCAAUACAUGCAAUGAACACCCU